CAGUAAUAUCAUGAUGCUCUUCUUUUCUAGGUUGUCUAUUUUACCAACAGUGGCUCGGAGGCUAAUGACCUUGCAGUACUAAUGGCCCGGCUUCACUCAGGAAACUUUGAUGUCAUCACACUGAGGGGUUCUUAUCAUGGUGGCAGUCCACAAGCGAUGGGUCUGACGUCCAACACACAGUACAAAUAUCCCGUCCCCUCCUCUAUGGGCUGCCAUAAUACCAUGUGUCCGGAUGUGUUCAGGGGACUCUGGGGAGGAAGCCACUGUAGAGACUCCCCAGUUCAAACCAUCCGAGAAUGCAGCUGCUCCCCGGGUCACUGUCAG